AUCCCAAUUCUCUGGCUGGCCAGAAUGGCCCUGACCAUGCCCUCAUCGGAGGAAUAGUGGCUGUAGUUGUAUUCGUGACACUGUGCUCCAUCUUUCUGCUUGGCCGAUACCUGGCAAGACAUAAAGGAACGUAUCUAACAAAUGAAGCUAAAGGAGCUGAAGACGCACCAGAUGCUGACACAGCUAUUAUCAAUGCUGAAGGCAGCCAAGUCAACGCUGAAGAGAAAAAAGAGUAUUUCAUUUAAAAUUCAGGCCACACGUUUUACCUACCAGGCUGACUGCUGGAGAAAACUGGCAAUCAUCUUUCAGAAAUCAUUCCAACCACCUUCUACUACUUUAAUUAACACCCAUACUGUACUGCUCUCAGUAGCCAGUGUGUUCCAACAAUCAGCAGUUGAAAGCAUCAUUCUUUAAUUACUGUACCAUCCAUAAUGCAGGACAUUUCUUAUUGCCUAAAUUUUACACCAUUGCUCUUUUAACACACAGUGCUUGAAUAUACAGCCUUAACAAUGUUAAUCAUCUCACUGGACCAUGAAAUUGAGUUGUUUUUACACAUUGAAGAAAUGUAUGCAGAGCCCCACCCUUACAUCUGUUUUCCUUUAAAUCAUAGACUUUAUUUGGUUUGCAUUGGACAGUUUUCACAAGUCACACAAUUAGGUGAUGACCUAAUGUGCUUAUGUUUAAUCGAAGAUUAGAGGUUUACAAACAAUGUUUUCUACCUGUCUAUCUUCAAAGAUAACAUGUUGUGGAAACAUAUGCCCUAGAAAACAAAAACUGAAAACACUGUAGUGUAGUUUCUGGAAUGUUUGAGAUUAUACUGGUAAUACUGUAUCAAGUUGCUAUUUUAAAAUUUAGUGUUUGAUACAGGCGCCAUGUGUAUGGAUUAUAAUCAUGACAUGACACCUUAUAUUAUUAUAUAGAUCCUACCAUUAGGUUAUUGUAGCUUCAUUUACCAAUAAAUUAUUACAAACACUUAACUGCUUUGGGAAUCAUAAAGAUUUCAUUCAUUUCUCUAUUUGAUUCUAUAAUUUAUUUGUUCCAUAAGGAUUCAUCUGC